AUGGAUCUUUGGGUCACAUUUGGAUUACUUUUGCUCUUUGUCACGGUCGCGGCGGUGGAAGCUGGUACCAUUUCUGGCGAUCUAGAUGCACUUAUGGCAUUUCGUCAAGGUGUUUCAGAUCCACAACAUGCAUUGGAUAGUUGGGACGCAAAUCUUGUCGACCCUUGUACAUGGUUCCAUAUUACUUGCGACAACAAUAAACGAGUCAUUCGCAUAGAUCUAAUGAGGCAAGGUUUAUCCGGUAACGUGUCUCCUCAACUAGGAAAUAUUGAUAGUCUAGUAUACUUGGAGCUUUAUGGCAACAAUUUCAAUGGUAAUAUCCCUCAAGAGCUUGGCAAUUUGGUGAACCUAAGGAGCUUGGAUUUAUACAACAACCAAUUUUCAGGAAGGAUUCCUUCGUCCCUCGGAAAAUUAAAUCUUCUUUACUUUUUUCGUCUCAACAAUAACCAACUAACGGGAUCUAUUCCUGGCGAGCUUGGUGACAUUCCGACACUAGUAGCUGUGGAUGUGUCGAGCAACAAUCUCUGUGGGCCGGUUCCUAUGGGUGGUUCAUUGUCGAAAAUACAUUCAUACAACUAUGACAACAAUACAAGUAUCAACAAGCCUUGCUAA